CUUCGGUACAGCACAAUUCAAGAGCGCCCAGUUGAUCUGGCGCAGCUGUGUGCACCGCAGCCGACGCCAAGUGGCGCGCCGGACAGCGCAGCCGCAGUAGAACAGGCGCAGACAGACACAGCAGAAGCUAUGGCAGACGAAAAACCGAAGGAGGGAGUGAAGACGGAGAACAAUGAGCACAUCAACCUGAAGGUGGCAGGGCAGGAUGGCUCAGUGGUGCAGUUCAAGAUCAAAAGGCACACUCCUCUCAGCAAACUGAUGAAAGCUUAUUGUGAACGACAGGGGCUGUCAAUGAGGCAAAUACGAUUUCGAUUUGAUGGUCAGCCCAUCAAUGAAACAGACACACCCUCGCAGCUAGAAAUGGAGGAUGAAGAUACGAUUGAUGUGUUCCAACAGCAAACUGGAGGCUCUUCUCUUUAAAGACUGUUUCCUACGAACAUCCCUACCUCCCCUUUUCAUCCCUGAACAUGUUUAUGCCCAGUCUUCAAAUGCUCAUGACCAGUGUUGAUACCAUCCAGUGGAAUGCUUUUUCAAAAUCCUGGAAGACAGCAGCACAGUUGGUCUAGACAGAUUUUAUCACACUGUCAUUUACAUGUUAACAUUUCUGAACUGCGCAGUGUAGACAACUUGCAGUGAGUCUAAUGUGCUGAAGAAAUUAAAAGCUUGUCAUGUUUUCUUUUUUUUUUCUUUUUUUUUUUUUUUUGAAGUUUUGGAAAAAAAUCCUUGGUCCUUGUUUUUGUUUUUAUACUUAUGUCAUUGAGGUUUUGAUUCAGAUGGAAUUUUGUUACUGUUGUCAAGUAAUCCUGCAUAUUAAAUUCACUGACAUCUGUUGUUAUGAAAAUGUAUUAUUGGAAUAAAUUUAGGUUUUUUUUUUUUUUGGUUUUUUUUUAAACACAUGUCCCUGUCAUUUGUUUUGCUUUUUUAUUUGAAAUGUAUUGCUUAAAAUUGCUCUGAAAAAGGGACUUGCACAAACUUCUUAAUUUUAAACCCUGAUGGAAUAGCUAUGCAAUUCAUAAUUCUUUGUUCAGCCGUGGACAUCAGACAGGCCUUUCACAGUGUCAUUGUCUGCAGAUAAGAGGUUUCACCAUGGUAGUUAAUUCUAAACAGUGCAAGACACCAUCCCUAGAACAGGCAAAUCCACCAUCGUGCUUGGAAGUUUCAUGCACUGUUGCUAUAACUUCUUGCAUUUUACCUGUAGUUUGUAAAUAAGAAUUCCUUUAGAUGAAAAUGGCUCCUGCCGGUUCUUCCAGUUUAAGUGCAGUUUGAUCCUCUGAUAGCUUAUCAGCACAAACAAGGUGGAUUUUGCCUCAAACUGCUUCACUAAAGUUUUAUAUUUUCGAUAGUAUAAGUUGUAGAUGAUAUUUUCUCUCAUAAGACAAUAAUAGCUUGUUUAACACCAGACGAAAACUGAUGGGUGACUGCUUGGUCAAUGUUACAUUAUAGUAUGUGCAUGUCAUGUAAAUACUUUUUCCAAUCACAGGCCUGAUUAAUGUUCCAGGAUCCAAGGUGCAGUCCACUUGUGGGCAAUACCUAAGGAGUGUAGAAACGCCCUUUCAACACUAGUUUUGUCUUGCACCCGCACUGCCGUGUCACACUUGAAAUGACCAGAGAAAAACCGGAAAAAGCUUUUUUUUUU